CACUGAGAGCCAACUGAGGCUGUGGAGGAAACCAGGUGCACUUUACCUCCGUUCUGCUUUCUGAAGGUCCUCCCACUGAAAUCAGUCUGAGUCUAGACUUUGACUAGGCCAGUGCAUAAAGACGUCUCCAAACAGGACCUAGAGUCGGACUGUUUGAAGUGAUGAAAAAUACGAUAGAAAUGGAAAAAUGCUGAAUGUAUAUUAACCAGAAACUUUUCAGCUUUUAAACCUGCAGCUUCCCAUUAAUAUAAAAGUUUUGCAAUCAUAGAUGGGGUCAAAGUUUCAUCCAAUAACUCCAUAAACAUCAGAUUAUCAUCUCCACCUAUUUACCUGGAAUCAUCAUUUAUAACUUUUAUUCAUGUAUUGAACUCGAUGUCUUCUCAUUUAAAGCCUUUUUUCAAAUGUUUGUGAUUACGUCAUAAUGCUAAAAGCAGACAGCAGUCAUCAACUCUGCAGCUGCUCUGAGAAAGCACAGGGCGACAGAGGACAACAUUUCUGGCUUAGACAUUAGAAAGAAUGUUGACUUUGUGUUAUGAUGUAUCCAUUUUUACUAAUAAUGAGUGGAGGACCCAAAAAACUCCAGUAAAUUUAAGUCGUUACGCUUCACUUCUGGUAAUAAUAAACGCUGGUAACUAUGGAAACUGAAGCGCUUCGAAGAUCUAAACCGAGAAACUGAGGGCUGCAGAGAAGAACUGGACCGGAUCACACGAGGUUCUGGAGAGUUUUGAUGGACCUGAAUAUCCCAGACUGACUGGCCGACUCUUCCUCUGUUUCUCAGACUGGAAGUCUCUGUUGCCUAGCAACCAUUCCAGACGAAUGGAGGCAGCUACGGUUUCCAGCAGUGACGGACACCGAGCAGCUCUGAACCGGAUCUCGGGUCUCGUUCUCCCGUCUGCUGCGAACGGAAGGCUCUCCUGCAGCAAUUCGUCAGACCUCAGCUGAUCGGGACGCUCGGAGGAAGAGGAGGGAGAAGAGGAAGAGGAGUUCCUCACAGUUAAACGUCGCGCCUUGCGGCUCUGCUCUGUAUUCCCGUCGUGAGCGGCCAGCGUUGGUAGCAUCGAGUGACGUCAGUCGGCAUCGCAGGCGGAGCGGACGCAGAGGGGGAAAUAUAGGACACCGAGGAAGAGGAAGAGGAGGAAGAGGACUGCAGUAAUCCAGAGAGAAGCAGAAAGCAGCAGCUCUUCAUCAGUUUUCUCAAGGCCCCUGCAGGAUGAAGAAGGUACUGCGUCUCUCUCAGUCCGGAGCGUGACCUGACCCCCGACCUCCCUUCCGACACUCUGCACCGUCAGACGCGGCUCCUCCUGCAUCGGUCGCAUCAUGGACGGCUUCCGGCUGCCGCCCGUCAUCGAGGAGGUGCUGGACCCCUCUGAUGAGCUGUGUGAGCCGAAGGAGGACAAACCCAGCAUGCUGGCCGAUACCCUGACGGCCAAGGAGAGGGAGUCCAUGGAGGAGAAGGAGGAGCCUGAAGGAAACGGAGAGAAGGGCCAGCAGGAGGAAGAGAUGGAAGUGAAGGAGAGGGAGUCUGAAGAAGAAGAUCAGGGAGAGGAGGAGGACCUGGAGGAGCUUAGAGCUCAGGUGCUGCAACUUCUCCUGGAGCUGGAUGAGACUCGCGAGGUUUCUCAGCGACACGAGGAGAGCUUCAUGGAGCUCCAAGGUCUGCUAGAUGAGGAGCGGCUGGCGAGCGCCCAUCAGGCAGAGAGCUUCACCCGGCAGAUCCAGAGGCUGCAAGCUCAGCUUCGGUCGGCGCAGGAGGAGAUGAGCAGCCUGGAGGAGGAGAAGGAGAGCGAGCUGGCGGAGGUCCAACAGGAGCUGAGCUCGGCUCAGGAGGAGGUGCUGGUGCUGCAGCAGGCGGCCGAGGAGGCGGCGGCAGAGAGGGAGAACGACAUCGCCUCCCUGCAGGAGGAGCUGUGCCGCCUGCGGGUGGAGCUGCAGCGCCUGCACGCCACGGCGGCCGAGUACGAGCUGGAGGUCACCUCGCUGAGAGCCGAGCUGAGCAUGAAGAGCCGCCGCACGGCCCUGUCAGGUGAUGUGACUCAGCUGCAGGAAGAGUUCAUUUCUCUGACCAAUGAGCGUCAGACUCUCAGCAGCAACAGCAGGGAGUUGAGCAACAAGUUGGAGCAACUGCUGCAGCAACGAGACAUGUGUGGUGAUUCGUACCUGGAAGUCAGAGCUGAGGGCCAAACUGAGGAUGAGGAUCAGCUAAAGGCGGAUUCCUACAUCACUCUGUCCCAGUCCAGACCCAAACUGCAGAGUCUGGACUCGUCAGCGGUCCAGGAUGAAAUCAGGACUCUGAAGAUCCAGCUGAGAAUGGCAGAGGAGUUGGCUGUCAAGGUCCAGCUGGAGUGUGAAGGUUUGAAGAAGGAGCUGGAGGAGCUGCAGCAGCUGCAUGAAGGCAGCCAGCAGGAGCGAGCAGCUCUUCAGCUGCAGCUGCAGAGCUGCAAGGCGGAGCUGCAGGAGCUGCUGGGACAGAAGUUGCAGAACUGCACCCGUCCUUCAGAGCCCCCCGUCCUCUCCAUCCCCUUCAUAGGAUUGAUUGUUAUAGUGGCCUUGAUUUGGUGCUGGUGGGAGGAGCUGGCGUCCUAAGGGACCAGAAAAGCGACUCUGAAGGCUGGAACAUGGCGGCGGCGGCGGUGGCGGUGGCGGCCAUUUUGGUUCUGGUUGUUCCCAGAUUUACCAGGGCCUGAGGACUAACAGGAAGUGACCUCACGGCACGCUGUGGGAACCUGUUGGCUUGCUCUCAUCCAUCCAUGAUGUCUCCGUGAUGCAACACUGCACAGACGUCAGAGUGGAGGAAAGACUGGUUGUUGUUCCUGGAGGUCAGCAGGUCACUCAGCUCUGGGCUUUGCAGAUCCACCACUAUGAUCCAUUUUUAUUCCACAGCUAGCAUUAGAGCAACGUGCUGGAUGUGUGAACUGACUGAGAACUCCUACAGAAAAAUAUCAUGAUGUUAAAAUGGUGGGACGCCUUUGGAAAUGGAAUGAAUUAGAGGCUUUUUAAAUUAAUCACGAUUUUAUCAAAAACUAAAUCUGUCACAAGAAACAAAGUUUUAAAGUUUAUCAGUUAACAUGAAGCUUGUCUGAUGACCAACUCAAACCAUAGAUAUGAGCAACUUUCACCUUGACUCAGGGCAAACUGGAAGGUUGAGGUAAAUAUCAGUUAAUGAGCGGAGAACGUUCCCGUCCUCAAACACACAUCAGAACUUCAACCAAACUGCUCCUUCUUUCCAGACUGGGGAAUCUGAAUUUUUAGGUUUGCAUAUAAUUUUAAACAAUCAUUUAAUAAUAAUAACUUGAACUAUAAUGACAUGCAGAUUUUUCACAGAAAACUUGCUAAAGCUGGUUGUUUAAAUGUCAAGUUUCAGGUCAACGUUUUUGGACUUUUCCUCUUUCUGCUGAUUGAAUUCCUCCAGAAAGCAUCAAAUCCAGAUGUUGUAAAAUCCUCCCUUCUCCCUCCAGUUAGUUCAUCCCAUAGAAGAGCAACCUGGUCCACACGUUGGCAACUUUCUGGAAACUAUCAUGUUUCAAUCUUCUGCAAAUUGCACAUCAAGCCAACAGUUCUCUCUAGCAUCCACCAGGGGGCGGUGCAGCUUCCUCUGCAGCCCUGGUUGCUGGAGAGAAGAAUCUUCUGUUUGGUUCUAUUUGGUUCUAUUUGGUUCUGAAGGGAAGUGUUUAGGCGCUGAAUCCAUCGUUGAUGUUUUGAGGGAGGGUCUUUCCACUGUUCAGCUGAUAAAUGAGUGAUUUAUUGCUGACAUUCCAGACACGUCACUUUAUUAUCUCUUCCUGAUCUAAAGUAAGACUUUGCACAUACUGAGUAGCUCUGACUACUAGAAACUGUAGCAAGGAGAACUUGAACAUUUUCUUCAUCCAUUGACUCUGCUUCAGUCUGCUUGAUGCUUCUUGUGUUUUUAUCUAAUGACUGAUGUUAUUGACCAGCAAGAAAAAAUCUGAUGCAGUCAGCUUUAUUUUCUCUAAUAAUUCCUUUAUAAAGUGACAAAACUUCCAUUUCUGUGUUUGUAGUCGUGCAGCAGCCAAUGUAGCAGUGAAACAUGGAGCUUAUUUAACUGAUUACACUGUGGUAAUACCAAAGUUGCUUUAAAAGUUGUAAUAUUUUAGCACAGAUUUGUGUAAGAGACUUUUCACAGUUCAAUAAAGCUUUGUUUAUUUUGAUGAUGGAAGGGGGGGGGGGGCGGCGGUCUAAUGGGGGGAAUAAAGUAGCUCUGAUUUAAUUCAACUCCAAAAUAUUCCUUUAAUCCCAAAGAGAAAUGAAAUGCACACUACAGAGGUCCAACAGAACCAGAACAGAACCAGGGUUCUCAAUCAUGUUGUCGAGCCUCUUCUGGUCCUGGUCUUGGUUCUGGUUCUGGUUCUGGUUCUGGUUCUGGUCCUGGUCCUCCUACAGACCC